UUUUUUUCGGUCAAGAAAAAAAAUAGUCAUCUUUUUAGUCAAUUGAAGAAGACCACCAGGCAGUAAUGAUUUCGAACGUCCACGCCAUUUUGGCACAGACUCGGUGCAGCUGCACUACUCGGGACUAAUGCGUGUAAAUCAAGUUCCAUAAAACUCACAAAAAAACGCGGGACUAAUCACCAAAUUGAAAAGUCAAAUGGCACGGUGUCAUUAAAAGGGGGCGCGGGGCAAAUUCGCCGCCCUUUUAUAAUCCUGCCACACAUAAAAAGCGGCAAGGGCAAACGUUUUUAAGGAGAGAGCACUCCGGCUAAUUAAAUCGUUGAACCCCUUGCCCUCGACAAAGAUGUCGCUCCGUCGACUAGUAAGAUUCAAGCCAAUGGGAGCGGAGUUUGAAUGGAAUCGGAGACAAGCCGACCAAUCGGAAAGUGGCACCUUGGGGUUGCGUUUGCCAGGACUUCCGCGGACAAGCGUUAGCUAAGGAAAAGGCUAAUUUGUCGCCGCUCUCAACCUGAUUUCCGCCAUCUGUCGGCGCUAUUUUCAGCGAUGUAGAAGCGAGACGACCGAGUUCGCUGUUGUAAUAAACAGGACCCAUGACCCUGACACGAGGUUCCUUCACAUACUCGAACGGCGAGGAAUACCACGGGGAAUGGCGAGAAGGUCUGCGUCAUGGCCGUGGCCAGCUGACUUUCAGCGACGGAACCUGCUACACAGGCCAGUUUGAGAAUGGACUCUUCAAUGGCUGCGGCGUGCUGGUUUUUGCUGAUGGCUCUAGGUAUGAAGGAGAGUUUGUGCAAGGAAAGUUCCAAGGUGCAGGCGUCUUUACACGUUUCGAUGGGAUGACAUUCGAGGGGGACUUCAGAAGCGGAUGUGUGCAAGGUUCUGGACUGUUAACGUUCGUGGAUGGUGGCAGUGGCGGCCACGAGGGCGUUUUUGAGAGCAGCCAGCUGAUACGGCGGGAGAGCAGCAAGGUGGCAGUCCAGAGGGCUCAGGCGGCCGCCGCCAAGGCCCGCACCCUGGCUCUGUGAUGGGGACCACAGGACAACACUGCUUCCAACUUGUCUGUGGUUUUCCACGACAACCACUCCGUAACGUAACUGUGCCGAUUUUCUUUCUACUUGGUUUUUUUGUUGGUGUCACUGAUUCUGGAUCCCCCAGCCGCCUAAACAGUGGUGCUACACGCUUCACGCUCAACUAACUUAAAACCACUCAAAAGUGCAUUCGGAGGUUGAUUUUCCGCAGCGUUUCCGACUCCAAAACAAAAUCUGUUUACAUCUGUCCGAAACGCUAUGGCUACAUUGACCACUUUAGCAGCCAAACACGGUGACUUGGUCGCCCUGGUUACAACGCUGCAAUCCAUUAUAUAUUUUUAAUGACAAACAACUGGGUGUCAUCCAGAUGUUCAUGCAUUAAAGCCAGUAAUUUGUAAGAAUGGAAACGA